CCACCUCUUUCGCUCGGCGUUGCGCCAUGUGGUUGGCGUGAAUUCUCUGGUUGGGACGUUUCUGGGAGUGUUUUCAGUGAUUUCGUUUGGCAAUAACCAAGUGUUUCUCAGAAGUGUACCUACAAGAAUUGCGGCGUCGAUUUUUGGUGGUGGUGGUGAUCGGGUGGCUCUAAGCGCCAUCUCGACGUGAAACUACCCAAUAUGGCCUCGACGGAGGAUACGUCUGCAGACAGGAAUGUGGAAAUCUGGAAGAUAAAGAAGCUCAUUAAAAGUUUGGAACAGGCGCGAGGAAAUGGAACGAGCAUGAUCUCACUGAUCAUACCACCCAGGGACCAAAUAUCUCGGGUGGCCAAAAUGUUGGCAGAUGAGUUUGGGACCGCGUCAAACAUCAAGUCGAGAGUGAACCGGCUGUCUGUGCUUGGAGCGAUCACAUCGGUGCAGCAUAGGCUGAAACUGUACACGAAAGUCCCAGCAAAUGGGCUUGUCAUCUACUGUGGCACAAUCGUGACAGAGGAGGGCAAGGAAAAGAAGGUCAACAUUGACUUUGAACCAUUCAAGGCAAUCAACACCUCACUGUACCUUUGUGACAACAAGUUCCAUACUGAGGCCCUGUCAGCCCUGCUUGCUGAUGACAACAAAUUUGGCUUCAUCAUAAUGGAUGGAAAUGGCGCCUUGUUUGGAACUCUGCAGGGCAACACCAGAGACGUCUUGCACAAGUUCACAGUAGACUUGCCAAAGAAACAUGGCAGAGGUGGACAGUCUGCUCUCAGAUUUGCUCGGUUGAGGAUGGAGAAGAGACACAACUAUGUGAGAAAGGUCGCUGAAACAGCAGUGACCCUUUUCAUCACCAAUGACAGGCCGAACAUUGCUGGCAUGAUCCUGGCUGGAAGUGCAGACUUCAAGACAGAACUGAGCCAGUCUGACAUGUUUGAUCCCAGACUUCAAGCAACAAUCAUCAAGCUGGUGGAUGUGUCCUAUGGUGGUGAGAAUGGCUUCAACCAAGCCAUUGAGCUAUCUGCAGAGAGCCUGGCAAAUGUGAAGUUCAUCCAGGAAAAGAAGCUCAUUGGCAGGUACUUUGAUGAGAUCAGCCAAGACACAGGGAAGUACUGCUUCGGUGUGAAGGAUACCUUGUCAGCACUGGAGCUUGGGGCAGUAGAAACACUGAUCUGCUGGGAGAAUCUUGACAUUCAGAGAAUUGUGCUGAAAAACCAUGCAAGUGGGGAAGAAAAGAUACUGCAUCUGACACCUGAAGAGGAAAAGGACAGAACCCACUUCACUGACAGUGAAUCUGGUGUGGAGAUGGAGAUGGUUGAGUCCAUGGCACUCCUGGAAUGGCUUGCCAACAACUACAAGUCCUUUGGAGCAUCUCUUGAGAUCAUCACAGACCGGUCACAAGAAGGCUCUCAGUUUGUACGAGGGUUUGGUGGUGUGGGUGGAAUGCUGCGGUAUACUGUCAACUUCCAGAUCAUUGAGGUAAAUGAUGAAGAAUAUGACUAUGAUUCAGACUAUUAAAUCUAGGACAUUGCCAGACAGGAUAUGGUACUGGGUAUCAGUGGGAGGCAUAUUGGCUUACUCUUUGAUACAGUUAUUGAGUGCUAAAAUUUAUGAUGUGAACAUCACAGCUUGAGCUGUGGUCCAUCAUCUGAGCUCUCAUAUGAGGGUUAUGGUUACAAGAUCUUUCUGCUGAGGUAAAGACUGGCUCAGACAUCAGAGAGCUUUCUGCCUCCUUCAGCUGCAUUGUUCAUGCUUCACUUAGCUAAUACAUGUUUGUGGAAAGGCA